CCAUCGAGCAUGCCGCAACGCGAUUGAAUUCGUUGUGGCGGCCCAACGUGACAAAAAUGUCAGAGCGCGCGGUAGGUUUUGGUCACGGUGUUUUGGACAUACCUGUGUAGAGUCGUCUGGGGAGCCGCGCGUUGCACCAGUCGUUGCCAUAUUCUAGGGACCAUAGUUCAGGUCCGUUCGUCUCCGUAUCUGCUUUGUCAACGGCGCCAGGUGCAAGUGUCGACCCUACCGGCCUGACUGCCGCCUUGAUCAGAUGCUCCACACCUGCUGGGAACUGAGGGCUGCACCAGGGAGGCCAAUUCCUGUUCUGUUGAGGGAGUGUCUGUUCGAGGCUCUCAUGCUGUCUGUUGAUGAAGCUCGCCAGCUUGAGCAGACCUCUCGCCAGCAGAGCCAAAGUGCGACAUGGAAAGCUGCUCGCAAAAACCGCUUGACUGCUUCCAAUUUUGGUGUUGCUGUUACACGUGAGAAUUGGACAGAGAAAGGCCUGCAGAACCUCACCGCAGACCGAGAUAUGUCUAGAGUCAGGGCCAUCCAGUACGGAGUUUCAAGCGAAGCCAUGGCUGUUCAAAUAGAGAUGGCCCUUUCAGGGCUUACUUGGGCUGACUUUGUCAUGUAUGCUCCACAGUUUCUAGUUGUCGAAAGAAUUCGAUUCAUUGAAAGUGAAUGGCAGAAAUGCAAAAAUAGGUUGGACAGCUUUUAUUUUUCCACACUUCUGCCGUACUUGGCAAAAACAUGCAGUACGAACAGUGGAUGUUGAAUUCAAGAGAUUACGAAAUGAAUGAGCAUUUAUGUAUUUAUUAAUAAAGUUGUGAUACUA